AUGGAUGCCAUUCCUGUAAUUGACAAGUGGGCGUCGCCCACGACGCAGGUGUUUGCCUUUAUUGGUAUCCUCUUCGUCACGCUGAAAAUCUUCUCCUUCUGGAGGUUGAUUGCCUCACUCUUCAUUCUGCCCGGAACUUCGCUUUCCAAGUUCGGCAAGAAAGGAACAUGGGCUGUAGUGACGGGAGCCUCGGAUGGCAUUGGCAAAGAAUACGCACAACAGCUCGCCGCCAAAGGCUUCAACAUCCUCCUCGUCUCUCGCACCAAGUCGAAGCUUGACACCCUCGCCUCGGAGAUUCAGUCGAAAUUCAAGGUGGAAACAAAGGUUCUGGCAAUGGACUUUGCAGCAAACAGGGACACCGACUACGCGUCGCUGAAGGAAUUGGUCAAUGGAUUGGACGUCUCCAUCCUCAUCAACAACGUAGGCCAAAGCCACAACAUCCCAGUCCCUUUCAAUGAGACACCGGAGGCUGAAAUGAAGGACAUCAUCACAAUCAACUGCACCGGCACUCUGCGUGUCACACAGCUCGUCACACCAGGCAUGAUCCAACGAAAACGCGGUCUCAUCCUUACCAUGGCAUCCUUUGGCGGAAUCAUGCCCACACCGCUUCUGGCCACCUACAGUGGCAGCAAGGCCUUCCUACAGCAAUGGUCCUCAGCUCUGAGCUCCGAACUCGCUUCUUCAAACAUCCAGGUGCAGCUUGUCCAAUCCUACCUCGUCACGUCUGCGAUGAGCAAGAUCAAGCGGCCUUCCCUGCUUAUCCCAACGCCGAAGAAGUUUGUACGAGCUGCUCUCUCGAGCAUUGGGAGGCAUGGUGGUGCGCAAGGUGUUCCGGCUACUGGUACUCCUUACUGGUCGCAUGCUAUUAUGCAAUGGGCCAUUUCUACUUUUGUGGGAACUUCGAGCGAGAUUGUGCUUGGGAUCAAUAAGACUAUGCAUGAGGGUAUCAGGAAACGAGCACUAAAAAAGGCUGAGCGGGAUGCUAAGAAGGUGUAA